AUGCGUGCCAUUGAAAUUGGAAGUCAUGUUGGAGAUAAAAAUUUAGAUUCUCCACAUUUUGAACCAUUAUACAAGGAAGCUGAAUCUCUUGGAAUAACUUUAUUUGUACAUCCGUGGGAUAUGCAUAAUUGGGAUGGAAGAAUGUCAAAAUAUUGGCUACCAUGGUUAGUUGGUAUGCCUUCUGAAACUGCUCAAGCCAUUUGUUGUAUUCUAAUGGGAGGAAUUUUGAAUAAAUUUCCAAAACUUAAAUUUUGUUUUGCUCAUGGUGGUGGUGCAUAUCCACAGAUUGCUGCUAGAGUAUCUCAUGGUUUCAAAGUUCGUCCCGACAUUUGUGCAACAGAUACCAACAUAAACCCUAAAGAAUUUCAUGGAAAAUUUUAUACAGAUUCAUUAGUUCAUGAUCCCAAUGCACUUUAUCUUUUACAAACAAUUGUUGGAAAAGAUAAAAUAUGUUUAGGUACGGAUUAUCCUUUCCCUCUUGGGGAAUUGGAAGUAGGCCGUGUUGUAGAGGAGUAUCAAGAUUUUACUCAUCAAGAAAGAAGACAUUUGUUAUAUCAUAAUGCCACCAAGAUGUUUGAUCUUGAUAAUAAUACAUUAUCAAUCUUAAAUAAUAAAGAUUGGUAA